AAGGAAUCGAAAACAAACGAAAACGUGACCUAUCUUCACUAUGGAUUUCCUCGAGGGUUUCGAUCUGGACGACUUCUAUGUGGUCCAGCAGCAGACCCAGACGGACAGUUUUGAUGUAUCCUGAGUAAAAACGUACCCACACCAGAGUCAGGAUGAGGAUUUUGCAUACACAAACCUAGGAGUUUUGUGAGUCACGCAUGACAGGUUUCGCUAUGCAGUGUAGUGCAGGGUAGCAAGUGCAGCCGCGUCACAGAUUCGUCUGCUCAUCCUGUUCACAGCAUCACAAAUUCCAAAACACGAUUGGAAAUGGCUCUCAUGGGGAUGCGCAUUACAAGUCUUCCUGUCUUUGCAAAUCUGCAUUACAACUCUGGUGUGGGUACGUUUUUACUCAGGAUAUGAUGCCGUGCAUCUUCACGACUUUCUGCUAGACGAAGUCGAGGAAGAUGAUGAGACAGAAAGCCAAGAGCUGCUGCAUGGCCAUGGGAGCGACCAAGACACGACCAUUGAACACGACGAUGAUCUGCCUGUAGUUGCAGGAAUCGCGCAGAAUAAAAAAGAGAACUACUUCUCAAAAGAAGUGGACACCACCACCAGCCGCUCGAAUUUAUCUGCAUUUGAAGACAAACGCAAACCACCAUGCGUCGACGCCGACGCCGAAUCCACUACGACAAUAAACGAGGCACAAGUACAAGGUCAAGGCAGGCAGUCUGCAGAAGAUGCUGGUGAUGUGGUACUAGAAGACAACAACCCCAGAACUUCAACCAUCUCCGAAAUUUCCAGUAGUUUCGCCGAGGAUCUGCAGUACCAAAACCCCGAUGCCGCUGCUCUUCUUGCUCUUGGUGGCGGCAGGAAAAAAACGUCGAAUGUUGAUCCGGAAGUUGUUCUUGGUCCUCAUCGAUCAUCUUCAUCGGAGGAGAAGAAUUUUAGCACCACCCCCGACAGCGCAACGGAACUUGUACAUCAUGAUGCGACGACAGCGGGAAACCAUGACCAGCAAGACCAAUCCUCAACCUUUCCCUUCCCAAUUGUGAAGAUCAUCAAAAAACGCAACCGCGACCUCUUUUUCCUCGGCGAGCUCAUGGAAAUUUUGUUUUGCGACGAAAUGGCGUGGUGUGUCGGACGGUCCCUGGAACGAGGCACCGAGCACGUUUUCCCGUUGAAGUAUGGAAAAGAAGUUGUUGGGGAUGAUGAGGUGAAAAAAGCGAUGAAUUUCUUUUCGAGCAGCAACGAAAGGACAAGUUCUACAUUGUCCUCGCAGAUGGAGCAACUACCGGACAAGUUGCACAAGCUUCCAUCAAAGCAUGAACUUCAAAACGACCGCCUUGCGAAGUACCAUGUGAAUGGGACGGAUUUGAUUUUGGAUGUUGAGGACGCAGCAUCAACACACACCCCUCCCUACUUCCCCUCUGCUGCUCUAUUCGCGAGUACUAAAAACUACUACUAUCCGUCGCACAGUACUGCUACCGCCUACGCGGCGUAUAACAAGGAAGUGAAGCGGUACUACCAACAGCAGCGGAAAAAGCAGCAGAUGGAAAAAAAGUGGCAGCAGCGGAUUCUACUCGCAAAGGACGAGGAGGUCACUGUGUUGCAGAGAACCCUGAAGUGGCUCUGCAUAGUGCCGAUUGGAAUAGACGACGUGGCGCCCGCUCGUGGAGGUGCUGGAGGUGAAGUAGAAUUUGGCCCUGUAUUAACCGGAGCUGCUUCUGGGAUCGUCGUGUCAACAUCUUGUACUUUUGGUUCUUCGGCGGGUUCAACCGCGACUUCUGUGCAGCUUCAUCCACGAAACAACCUGCGGGGACUAAACGGGCGAAACAACCACGAUUUCCAGUAUCCCACAGAAAAACAAAAAAGCUGGCAGGGCACAUUUGUAAUGCAAAAAUAAACACGCAGAAAAAUCUGUCAUGGGCAGCCCCAUAGCAUGCUGAUUAGGGUAAGCAAUGCAAAUUUUUUUGUGUAUUUAUUUUAGCAUUACAAGUCUGCCCUGCCAGCUUUUUUCUGUGUGAUAUCAAGCAUCAGGUGCAAGAACUGAUGAGCAAAUACCUGACAGCGAAAACGAUCCUGGACUUAGAAAAAUCGUGCGCCAGCGGGGGUGUGACUUUCAAGCUAGUUAAGAAGCACAAGAACGUCGCGCAGAAGACUGCUGGUCCAGCCGCAGCAGCUGGACAAACUUCCUCCAUGGAGACAGCAGCAGCAGCAGGAGGAUCUUCUUCAGGACAGCAGCUCCAAGAUGAACACCACGACCAUCAUCCUGUAUCUCGUUCCAACCACCAGUACCAAAUUUCCGUGGUUGCGAACUCUGAAUUAGUGUACGAAAAGGCGAAGGGGGUGCUGCGGAAGUUUGUCAAGGACAAUUUGUAUGCCGAGUAUUUCAAACUUUCCGGGCGGAAGGUGAUGUUCCGGAUUUUGGAACAUCCGGAAAAUCCGAAGUUGGGAACAGUCACGGCACCAGCUGCGGGAACUGGAACUGCAUUGUCGAGCGGAGAAGUGGAUAAAAAACUGGUGACGAUGAACGGGAACCAACCUCGCACGACGGCGGGAACGAAUGAUCUUCAAUCUCCAGGGGGAUUAUUUGCAGAUGAUCAACAAAGCCAUCUUCAAGGUCAAUCACAAUCUAACGGGGACGACGACAAUCACGAGCACCCUGAAAACAAUUCUCAUUCUCUUGACGACCCUAGCUUUUGUGCCGAGCCCGAGAAGCAAGCGACAGGGCAUGAAGAGAGCUCGGAAGCGAACGCCAGGGGGCAUGAUGACCUUUGCAAUCAUGCGUACAACUAUGCGGAAGGAGCAACAGGAGGCUGUGGAGAUGACGACGAGGCGGGUCCUGCUGAACCAGGUGGCCGCGGAGCCAUUGUCAAGGAAGAAAGCUGUGAGGAAGAUGAAAUUUCCGAUAUGGAAAACGAGUCUGACGCAGACGCUGGCUCGGAUUCGGAACUACAAAAGCUUGACGAAAUAAAUGACGAACAUGCGCAGCAUCUUCACAUUCACUCUCCAGAGGACGAGCGAUGAAGUAGAUGAUCAUGAUGCUGCGACGCAAUAGAAACACUGCGGUCUCACACGAAGUCAUUUGGUACACACUACAGUGCUGACUUUCCGGAAGUCAUGAUUUGUUGCGCACCUGAUUUAGGGUUCUUGGUAUUCUGAUUUAGGGUUCUUUCC